GUCUCUCUCACAUUUAGUGGAGGCUACUAAUCGAAUCCUGAUAUAUUUUUUAUGCAUUUUUCAAAUUUAAUUUAUCAUGUCAAGACGGCUAUGUGUUCGGUGUGUUGACCCCGCCGUAUUGCGUCAUAAUAAUCUGUUCAUGUCUCUUUUUCCCAUAUGAUGUGCUGUGUUUAUUAAGGGUAGGAUUGUAUUAUCCCUCAUCAUCAUGUGCCUCCAGUCUCUUAGGAUGUUGGCUGUAGCCACUUUAGGCUACUGAGACUUACUUCUAAACAGGGAAACUCCAUCAUUCCAGAAGUCAUGCUAAUUCCCUCUGGUUCAACCUCACAUUCUGUGCAGUAAUGUAAUCUGACUUUUGGAGAAAUUGAUUCAUACUGUUUUGAAGAAAUACAAUAUUAGGUGGCUGAAUCCAGGAAAAAAAGAGGUACCUUGCUGCAUGGGCAAUAUUGACACUGCUGAUGCAUCCUUUUUAAAAUAAUGCAGCUAGCUUUCCUUCUCAUCCACCCUUCCUUCCUCUUCCUCAAGUUUCCUCUAAUAUCAGCAUCUUUACUGGUUUACCCAGUAUUGCCAUCUGGAAGCUACUUUUUGAUCACUUGGUAUUUCAAGAUAUUCCUUUUCUGAAACUUAUUUCUUAAUAAACGAAAUUUCACACAAAACCAGUAUUAAAAAUGGCGUAGCUUGUGCUGAUUAAUGGGAGAUGUAGUAAUUAGUCAAAAUAUCUCUGAUGUGAAAGUGUUGCAGAAUUCUUUGUAAAAUUAAAGUUACGUUUACAAGGUUAUUGAGUCUUUGUGGAUGAGCUUUUUUACUUUUUUAGAUGUUUUGGGGUAGGGGAGUUUUGAUGAUAGAAAUACACUCUUAAUUAGUAAUAAUCAAAUCCUUUAUUAACCACUCAUCAUUUUGGUGUUAUGAUGAGCAGCAAUCAGUGGGCCUAGGGAAAAUUGGCCAAGUAUGGAAAUUUUUCAUAAUAAGGAAAAAACAUUUCAUCUAGAAAGAAGAUGUAUUGUUGUUGCCUUUCUUCCUCCUGUGGCUAAAUGGUUAGAGAUAAUUAUAUUCUUGGAUUUUGUUUUCAAAAUUGGAAGUUAUUUUAAAAAAAGUGAGAAGGGGAAUUAAAGCACGUAAUGUAUAGCAAAAUAAUAUUAAACAACAACAAAGCCCCACCGUUAUUGAAAAGACAAAAACCAUAUGCUGUGAUAAUAAAUUUAAAUGACAUUGGAUAGUACAGUUAGAUGUCAGUUCAUAUCUUGUUGUGAAUUACAACUUCUAAAAACUGAUCUUUUAAAUAAUGCAUUUCCAAGGUGAUCAUUUACAUGUGUAUGGUAUGUGCAUGUAUUUAAAAACUAGAUAUAAAAUAAAUACAAAUAUAUAUUCUCAUCUGUGAAAAUUAAGGUAAUACAACACUGUUGCAUUCACAUAUUUUUAACAACUUGAAUUUAAGUUUCUUUAAAGACUAAAGGCAAAACUAUAUCUUUUUCCACUGCCUUAGUUUAUGCAAAAUGUAAAAAAAAAUGUGGUGAUCCACUUGCAGGAAUUAAGAAAGUUGAACUCUUACCUACAUUAGAUAAUUUAAAACUGAUUAUUUAAUUUAUAUAGGUACUAGUGAUUACUACAGCUUCUAGACUAUAAAUUAUAAAGAUAAAAUGUUAGUAGUUCUGCUUUAAAGUGUAGUUGAUCACAUAGCUGAGAUGGGUAAUCACUGGCAUUGUGCUUCAGACUUUAGAUCUAACAAAUAAAAAUGAAAAACAUUUGGAUAUGAUUAAAGAACAAAGGCAUAAGUGGAUGGAGAGCAACCAAUUCAGACAUAAGGAACAGUUGGUUUACCCUAAUUAUAGCCAUAUUGAUGUUUUCUUUUUUUUUUCCCCUGUAUCUAUCAAUUGGAAGUUUGGUGGAAAAUUAACCCUUUUGCCUAAUUAUAUAAGUAAAUUUGUUGCAGAUUUUCUAACAUGACUUUAUGUUCUUCCUUCAACUCAAAUUUCAAAAGUCAGUUGCAGCUUGUACUGGCCACAUUUCUUCCCUUUGAUCUAGUUCUAUAGUUCCGUUUUCAUUUCCUACAACUGAAUUUCUUGUAUCUACCAUACAUACUAAAUGAGGAUGUAUUGACAUAAAUGAUAAGAUCAAAGUUGACUAAAGAACUUUCACAUUUGGAUUAGGCUGAAUGGUGUGGCAGUGUGGCUGAAUCUAAGAAAGAAAAUAAUGGAAUAUUAUGUAUAACCGUAAUGACUUUGCAGAUUGUUUACUGUUGCUAAGCAUUAAAAUAUGGCCUAAAGUUCUGAUUCCUCUUUGUCAUAAGUCUUCUCAUAGAUUAUAAACAUUAUGGAAAUUGGGACAGUUUUGGUUUUCCAAUAGAGGUGAAUUCAUUGAGACGAAAUCUCACCAAACUGUCCCUUAUCUUCAGUCACAUGCUGGCAGAAAUUAAAGCAAUCUUUCCUAAUGGGCAAUUCCAGGGAGAUAACUUUCGUAUCACGAAAGCAGACGCUGCUGAGUUCUGGAGAAAGUUUUUUGGAGACAAGACUAUUGUGCCAUGGAAAGUAUUCAGACAGUGCCUUCAUGAGGUUCAUCAAAUUAGCUCCGGCCUGGAAGCAAUGGCUCUGAAAUCAACAAUUGAUUUAACUUGUAAUGAUUACAUUUCAGUUUUUGAAUUUGAUAUUUUUACCAGACUCUUUCAGCCUUGGGGCUCUAUUUUACGGAAUUGGAAUUUCUUAGCUGUAACACAUCCAGGUUACAUGGCAUUUCUCACAUAUGAUGAAGUUAAAGCACGACUACAGAAAUACAGCACCAAACCCGGAAGCUACAUUUUCCGGUUAAGCUGCACUAGAUUGGGACAGUGGGCCAUCGGUUAUGUGACAGGGGAUGGCAAUAUCUUACAGACCAUACCGCAUAACAAGCCCUUAUUUCAAGCCCUGAUUGACGGCAGCAGGGAAGGAUUCUAUCUUUAUCCUGAUGGGAGGAGCUAUAAUCCUGAUUUAACUGGAUUAUGUGAACCUACACCCCAUGAUCAUAUAAAAGUUACCCAGGAACAAUAUGAAUUAUAUUGUGAAAUGGGCUCCACUUUUCAGCUUUGUAAAAUUUGUGCUGAGAACGACAAAGAUGUCAAGAUUGAGCCUUGUGGGCAUUUGAUGUGCACCUCUUGCCUUACAGCAUGGCAGGAGUCAGAUGGCCAGGGCUGCCCCUUCUGUCGCUGUGAAAUAAAAGGAACAGAGCCCAUCAUCGUCGACCCCUUUGAUCCAAGGGAUGAAGGUUCCAGGUGCUGUAGCAUCAUUGACCCCUUUGGAGUGCCGAUGCUGGACCUGGAUGAUGAUGAUGACCGAGAGGAGUCCUUGAUGAUGAAUCGGUUGGCAAAUGUUCGAAAGUGCACUGACAGGCAGAAUUCACCAGUUACAUCACCAGGAUCCUCUCCCCUUGCACAGAGAAGAAAGCCGCAUCCAGAUCCUCUCCAGAUCCCACAUCUAAGCCUGCCACCAGUGCCUCCUCGCCUGGACUUAAUUCAGAAAGGCAUAGUUCGGUCUCCCUGUGGCAGCCCCACUGGUUCACCAAAGUCUUCUCCUUGCAUGGUGAGAAAGCAAGAUAAACCACUCCCCGCACCUCCUCCUCCCUUACGAGAUCCUCCUCCGCCUCCACCUGAGAGACCUCCCCCAAUCCCACCUGACAAUAGACUGAGUCGUCACUUCCAUCACGUGGAAAGUGUGCCUUCUAGAGACCAGCCAAUGCCUCUUGAAGCCUGGUGCCCUCGGGAGGUGUUUGGGAGUAAUCAGUCGGUGGUGGGAUGUCGACUCUUAGGGGAUGGCUCUCCAAAGCCUGGAAUCACAGCAAGUUCAAAUGUGAAUGGAAGACACAGUAGAGUGGGCUCUGACCCCGUGCUUAUGCGGAAACACAGACGCCAUGAUUUGCCUUUAGAAGGAGCCAAGGUCUUUUCCAAUGGUCACCUGGGAAGUGAAGAAUAUGAUGUUCCUCCCCGGCUUUCUCCUCCUCCUCCAGCUGCUGCCCUUCUCCCUAGCAUCAAGUGUACUGGCCCGUUAGCAAAUUCCCUUUCAGAGAAAACCAGAGACCCAGUAGAGGAAGAUGACGAUGAAUACAAGGUUCCUUCAUCCCAUCCUGUUUCCCUGAAUUCACAACCAUCUCAUUGCCAUAACGUAAAACCUCCUCUUAGGUCCUGUGAUAAUGGUCAUUGUAUAUUGAAUGGAACACAUGGUACAUCUUCAGAGAUGAAGAAACCAAACAUCCCUGAAUUAGGCAUAUAUUUAAAGGGAGAUGUUUUUGAUUCAGCCUCUGAUCCAGUGCCAUUACCACCUGCCAGGCCUCCAACUCGGGACAAUCCAAAGCAUGGUUCUUCACUCAACAGGACGCCCUCUGAUUAUGAUCUUCUCAUCCCUCCAUUAGGUGAAGAUGCUUUUGAUGCCCUCCCCCCAUCCCUGCCACCUCCCCCACCGCCUGCAAGGCACAGCCUCAUUGAACACUCAAAACCUCCUGGCUCCAAUAGCCGACCAUCCUCAGGACAGGACCUUUUCCUUCUUCCUUCAGAUCCCUUUCUUGAUCCAGCAAGUGGCCAAGUUCCUUUGCCUCCUGCUAGGAGAUUACCAGGCGAAAAUGUCAAAGCCAACAGAGCAUCACAGGACUAUGAUCCGCUUCCUUCAUCUUCAGAUGGUUCACAAGCACCAGCCAGACCUCCUAAACCACGACCCCGCAGGACUGCACCAGAAAUCCACCACAGAAAACCCCACGGGCCCGAGGCAGCAUUGGAAAAUGUUGAUGCGAAAAUUGCAAAACUCAUGGGAGAGGGUUAUGCCUUUGAAGAAGUGAAGAGAGCCUUAGAGAUAGCUCAGAAUAACGUCGAAGUGGCACGUAGCAUCCUCCGAGAAUUUGCCUUCCCGCCUCCAGUCUCUCCACGUCUAAAUCUAUAGCAGCCAAGACUGUCAACACCAAAAUGGCAGGCAUUCGAUAUUCCAGGAUCAUGGAAAAGAGACAAGUGAGAGAAGGUGUCUCCUCGUGUGGCAUCUCGAGAAGAGGCUUGGAAGUGCUGCUUCUCAGAAGACAGCUGCUUGCUCAGGAUGUCAACAGCUGUGCUUAUUUCUGCUAGCCAUACUUUUAAAUCAGGGUUGAACUGACAAAAAUAAUUUAAAGACGUUUACUUCCCUUGAA